AUGCGCACGUUUUUUGCACUUUCAGCAGCCGCUGCCUUUUUGAUGGCAGCCAACGCCCAACAAGCCGACCCCGUCGAAUUGACUGAUUCCUUUUCGCUUUUCCGCUGGUCAGGUGAUUCCGAUGCUCAAGCAGUCGAGACAUUUUCUAUCAACCUCGACAAGCCUGCCCGUAUCCAAGUAACCGAUUUCAAGAACCGUGGCGACACUUUCAAGAUCUAUGACAACGGCAACUUGAUUGGUGAAACUUCCGAAGUUGAAUCAGAGCAAGAUGAUUCCGUUUAUGCUGCUACCCCUGAAGAAGCUUUGGAGAAUGAUCAAUUCAGCAAGGGCACUUUUGAUAUUGCUGAAGGCGAACACAGCAUCACCAUCAAGGCAUCAGGUCCCUAUGAUGCUGGUACCGCUGCUAUUCGUCUUAUUCAAGAGCCAAGCCAAAACCAACAAUUGCACAAGAAGAAGAGUGGCAAGAAGGGUGGCAAGAGCUGGGAUGAUGAUGACGAUGAUGAUGAAUGGGACAGCAAGAAGGGUGGCAAGUGGGAUGAUGAUGACGACGAUGAAUGGGACAGCAAGAAGGGCGGCAAGUGGGAUGAUGAUGACGAUGACGAAUGGGACAGCAAGAAAGGUGGCAAGAAAGGCGGCAAGUGGGAUGAUGACGAUGAUGACGAAUGGGACAGCAAGAAAGGUGGCAAGAAAGGCGGCUGGGGUGAUGACGAUGAAGGAUGGGGUGGCAAAAAAGGCGGCAAGUGGGAUGAUGAUGAUGAAGGAUGGGGUGGCAAGAAAGGUGGUUGGGAUGACGACGAAGGCUGGGAUGGCAAGAAAGGUGGUUGGGAUGACGACGAAAGCUGGGGUGGCAAAGGCGACUGGAAGAAAUACAAGGAAGUCCAAGUUGAUCCCAACCACACCGUCACCUUGACCACCACCAUGUGGAUCGUCGAGCGACCAACCGCUGUGCCAAUCAAGACUGUCGAAAAGAAGCCCAAGUGGGAAGACAAGAAAAAGUGGGGAGGUUACUAA